CCGGUUGUCAGAAUCCCCGAGACACUGCUGCGGCCGAGGAAGGGAAGUUGUGCAUCCUGAGGUUGCUGUGGCCCCAGUGGGGGUGGGCCCUGGGUGGGCUCGCCUCCUGCCCCGGCCGCGAUGCAUCCGCGGCGCCCAGACGGAUUCGACGGCUUGGGCUACCGGGGUGGUUCCCGGGAUGAGCAGGGCUUUGGCGGCGGAGGCGCUUUUCCUGCAAGGUCCUUCACCUCCGCGUCGGACCUGAGCCACUGGGUGACCACUCCCCCAGACAUCCCGGGCAGCCGCAACCUGCACUGGGGCGAGAAGAGCCCACUCUACGGCGCGCCUGCCGCCUCUACUCCGCUCGAGGGGCCGGCAGAGGAACCCUUUCCCAGCGGCGGCGGCGGUGGCGUGCCGGGGCAAAGCAGCGAACAGUUAAAUAGAUUUGCUGGAUUUGGUAUUGGACUUGCAAGUCUCUUUACAGAAAAUGUACUGGCCCAUCCUUGCAUUGUUCUACGCCGCCAGUGUCAGGUUAAUUACCAUGCUCAGAAUUAUCAUCUCACUCCAUUUACAGUCAUCAAUAUUAUGUACAGCUUCAACAAAACUCAGGGACCAAGAGCCCUUUGGAAAGGAAUGGGAAGUACAUUUAUUGUCCAGGGAGUCACACUUGGAGCAGAAGGAAUAAUCAGUGAAUUCACACCUUUGCCAAGGGAGAUUUCACACAAAUGGAAUCCUAAACAAAUAGGAGAACACCUUCUACUGAAAGCCCUAACUUAUAUGGUGGCAAUGCCUUUCUAUUCAGCAAGUCUAAUUGAGACAGUACAGAGUGAGAUAAUUCGCGAUAAUACUGGAAUUUUGGAAUGUGUUAAAGAAGGAAUUGGAAGAGUGAUAGGUAUGGGAGUGCCUCAUAGCAAACGACUGCUUCCGCUGCUUUCCUUGAUCUUCCCUACGGUGCUGCAUGGAGUUCUUCAUUACAUCAUCAGCUCAGUCAUUCAAAAGUUUGUCCUACUAAUUCUAAAGAGAAAGACUUAUAAUAGCCACCUAGCUGAGAGCACUAGCCCUGUGCAAAGUAUGUUGGAUGCUUAUUUUCCAGAACUUAUUGCUAACUUUGCUGCCAGUCUUUGCUCUGACGUUAUACUUUACCCACUGGAAACCGUUUUGCACCGCCUUCACAUUCAAGGAACACGCACCAUAAUUGACAAUACAGACCUUGGCUAUGAAGUGCUUCCAAUUAAUACGCAGUAUGAGGGGAUGAGAGACUGUAUCAAUACUAUAAAGCAGGAGGAAGGAGUGCUUGGUUUUUAUAAAGGAUUUGGUGCUGUUAUAAUACAGUACACACUGCAUGCAGCUGUUUUACAGAUUACCAAAAUUAUUUACUCUACACUUCUUCAAAACAGCAUUUGAGAUUUAGGCUCCAUCACUGGUUAGUCAACGAGACAUAAUCUGGAUACUUUGUUAUGAAAUUAUGAGGGUUAAAAGUGAAAUACUGGGAAGAAAAUGGAUUGGAAAAUGAAACUGGUAGAAAAAGCCCAUGCUGAUCAUAUUCAAACACUUCUUUUUUGGAUAAAAAUUACUCCAAAUUUGAAAACUUAGUAAAAAUAACACUCAUUAUUAAUUAAAUUCUAGCUAGUAUAGCACUCAUACUGAACUGAAAAAUAAAGAUCUUGGGCAGAAGCAAGUUUGUCAUAAAAUAUACAAUAAAAUUGCAUAGACCUGAAUCUAAUUAACUGACCUUAAUAUUUGUUACAUGUUUAUUUCACCUUCUAGAUUGAUAUUGGUAUAUCUUCCUUAAUACGAUAUACAGUAUCAGGAGGUCAUAGUGUACCUUUAAGCAAAUAAAUUAUUCCAUCAGUGAAAAAGACUAGAAGAUUAGACUUAGCAAUCUGUAAGCAGGAGUUUAAAAAUUUUAAAUUGCAUUGCCCCUAUAUAACUAUUUUUAAUGGUUGUAUGUGUAUUAUAUAAAGCAAUUUACGUGUACACACAAAACUUGGCAUUGCCAUCAUCGCUACAGAUCAGCUUAUUACAUAAAAUGAAGUCAUGUACUUUAUGCUUGAAUAUCACCAAGAAUAAAACAUUAAAAACCAAGGUACCCUGAAGAGUUAAGUUCAGCAUAACGUACUUGGCCCAGUGUUUCAGUACCAGCAAUUUAAAAUUUGUCAGAUGUUUAUAAAGUUGGAUUUGCUUAGCUAGUUAUGUGAACCAUCAGGCUAUUUUUAGAGCUACUCUUAAGGGAGAUAGAAUAUAAAAUAAUCAUGACAACUAUUACUGUUUCCACAUUUUCAAAUUGUGUACUAAAAAGAACCACACUUGCUUUUUCAUUUCUGGAAUGACUUGUCUUAGAGGAGACAAAAUUAGAAUUCACCUGGGAAUUUGUGCCUCAAGAGCCUCUUGUAUAGUCAUUAAAUAACGACCUCGGUUUUUAUUUUCUCUCAGUUUUUACUUAGUUUGCAGAACUAGAUACACAUAAAGGGAAAAGUAAGCUUGACCUUUUCACCUUUUAUUUAAACUUACUUGGAUGAAUACUGAAGGAAAAAUACAAACAUACCUUAAAGGGAUUUUGGUCCUUGUUUUUUAUGGAUUCCAUGGGAAGAAAAAAAGUACAUUUCAACAAACAAUAAUACAAAGAAAUGUUGAAUCAGUUUAAUUAAAAAUUUCUAUUUCUAAAUUUAAUUUGGUGGGUCAGGCUGUUCUUUGUAUAGUAAAAUGAUCUACAGUUGACUGAUCUAUCAUUAAACAUUUUAAAGUUUUAUUUUCUCAUCUGGAUGAUCACAGUUUUACUGUGAACUGUUUAAUACACUAAAGUGCAAUGACUUUUCACUGAUGUUGUCCAACAUACAAACUGAAUUUAUUUUACUUUGCUAAAUGUCAGAUAAGUGAUUACUUUUUAUGAUUAAUAGUGCUGGAACCAAAAAAUGAUAUCCAAAAAGCGUGAAACAGUAUAUAAAUUGGGACUCUCUCCACUAUCUUGUAAAAGGGCUUUUGUUUUUUUAAGAUUACUGAAGCACAUACAUUUUCAUUUUUAAAUUCCACAAGGAUGGGAAAACCAAAAGUAAACACCACUGAUCCCAUGUAUUUUAUGGUUAAUUUUUUAUGUUAUGGUUUACUUUGUCCAACCUAUGGCAUUUAUAUUGCUCUCAUUGCUUUUGAACUACUAAUUUUUUAGAUGUUUUAAUAUGCCCAGCUUCCUUAAAAGCUGUAGUUUUUUUUUUUUUAAGUAAUUGAAGAAGGUAGUUUCAGACAAGAGUAAGUUUCAGAAAAUUUCAAAUCAGUUGUCUGUCUAGAAGAAUAGAAUCUAAAUGGAAUCAAGUAUUUACUAAUGAAAAUCUGUGGGACCCUUUGUCUUGUUUAAAAAUUAAAUAUUUGAAGAUUGUUGGAAGUUAGCGUGAAAAUGCAAUUAUGCAAAUUUCAUUAUGAAAUCAUUUAUACGUCUGAUAGGCUGAACCAAGUAAAUGCAAGCUCAAGUAAGUAAAGUUGGGUUUAUUUUCUGUCUCUGGAGAAAGAAUACAAGUAAACAUUAAAACUAAAAUGAAAAAAAGUGGUAAGUAAAAUAUUAAUUUUUUUACUGCCAUUGCAAGUUAGUUGAAAUAUAAGUGUCUUUAAAAUUCAGGCACUUAAAUAUUAACAAAAUAUGUUUAACUGAAUUUAGUAACGAAUCAGUGCAAAUAACAAUUAGAGAUACUCCCUUUUUAAAAUUAUUAUUUUUCUUUAACAUAUGGGUAUAGAUAUCAACUAUCCAUGGCUAAAUUUCUUGAGAUGAUAAUAGCUCAGAAUAAUAUUUUUUAAUUCAGUAUAAGUAGUAGUGUUGUGAAUUUUAAGUUUAUUAAAAUUCUAUUGUUCCAUAGGCCCAGUGGUCAUCUUACAUAGGCCAGAUUUUGGCCAUGGGGCUGACGUGUGAUAUGCUUGCCUUACAUUAUAGAGUUUUUUCAGUCAAAUAGUCUGAAAGAGAUUAGAUUAAAAACUGAAAAAUAUGGGAAAUACUAACCUACUCUUAAUUGAGUUUAUGAAUUGAUUUACAAAAUCUGAUGUAGUUUUUUUUCCCUUGAGAUAACCUUCUCAGUUUUAUGUUGUUUAUGUGCCCUUGAAAAGUUUAAGAAGGUUAUUUAUUUGAGUCUCCAAACUUCCGUAUAAGUAUGAAAUAGUAAAAACAAGCUAACUUCAAAAUGGCUAUGGGCUGGGGGAUUUGAUAACUUAACCAGAGUUUUCAGAAACAAAACUGGAGAGGUAAGAGGUCUUGCUCACUUCUGCAGAUGUGCCUGACUACUCACAACUGUCUUCAUCACUGUGCUUGUAUUAUCUACAAAAAGCAUUCACUAUUGAUUGGACACAAAUGCUUCAAUAUUUCUGUCCAUGUAUUCAUGCAUUUGCUUAGAAAACAGAAAAUGCUGCUCUGAUAUUUGCUUUAUCACUGGAGACUGUGAAGUUACAUUGUGGUAGAGGAUGUAACUCAGUUUGCUUACUCGAUAUUUUGGAACAGAAAAGAUCACUAUGCCAGCUCUUAAGAAGAUAGCCAGGUUUAAAUUAUUUCCAAAACUUACAUAAGCAAAUAAAAUCCCCUCGGUAACAAUUCACAUUGCACUAGAAUUUGAGUGAUAACUUUGGCGUUUCUGCUUUCUCUUUAUGGUUGUACAUAAUCUCUCUCUCGCUUGCUCUUGCUCUCUAUUCUCUCUCUCUAAUAGAAACUGAAUAUGUAAUGUCUUGCUUUUGAGUCAUUGAAUAUCACUGAUGUGGUACCAAGUUGCAUAACAGAAUAACAAAAAAAUUGUGAUUUGACAGUUGUGAUUUGAUAAUAUUACCUCAUCUAGAAGAGGCGUUUGGUCUGUUUUUUUUUUAAGUUGUUUUUGUUUCUCUGGUAUUUUAAAUGUUUUGGGUAAAUUAUGUAAUAUGGAAAGUUCAAUAAAAUGUUGAAAUACAA